UUUCUUUAAUGACAUCUAUCAAUGAGCUACGUUGUUACACUUGAGCAAAAUGCAGAGCAAAGGCGAAAGUAAAUCUCCAACUUUCAACAAAGAUACUAGCCAAAGUGCUGAGCUGCAGAGACUGGGUGAAAAGCUCCAACAUGCCUACCAAAGGCGAGAUCAUUAUGCACAGCUUUAUUACAAAGUAGCAGCGAAGCUAGAAGACACAGAAAGGGAACUCCUUGAAGCGAGAAAGGAGAUACAGGCAUUGAAAUCACAAGACUUCAUACCACAGCGUGUUUGGUCAGAGCACACAGCAAACAAUGAAGUUUCUAAUCAGUUCAGAGAAGAAGAGUACAAAAGACCAGGACCUUCACGAAUCAAUCCGUAUAGAACAGUACAGAUCAUCAAUAUGCCUCCUGAUAGUUCAAACCAGACAUCUCCAAAGCCAUUGGUAAAGCGUGUUGCUUUUAGUGAUGAGCAACGACCAAUAGCUAUCCAGAGGUCAAGCUCAGUAAGCGAAGGGGAGCGACAUCAUGGUAUGUAUUCUCCCCCUCCUAUUAACAAUGGAAUGCAAAGGACACAAAGUUUCUCAUAUGGAAAGCCGCAACUAUCUGCUAAUAGAAGUCAUCCUUCUACCCCUCCUUCUCUACACUCUCCUAUGCAUGGCAAUCCCUUUCCUCAUUCCUAUGACCAUCGAUUACCCAGAAUACACAGAGGUUUAGCAUAUGAGACUUCUGUGCCUUCUGGUAGUGGAUACCCUCAUCAUUCACAAGGGCAUUUUCCACUCAAUUCACAGCAAUUUCAGUCAAAUUCUCUUAAUCGCUCUGCUUUUAGAGCUGCUCCUCCACUUUCUGCUGAUCACAGGAAUCAACCUCAUUAUUCUAGCUUGCCUUCACGUAAUCAGCACACAAUUCAAAUGUUUGAUGGAGAUGUAUGGCGUGUAAAGAGGUUGAAUCGAGCUGGACUAAUAGCAUUGUUCUCUGAAAUAUCAACCUCUGAGGUUCCCAUAAAGAAACUAGAAAUAUCAUCUAGUGGACUUGGAGAUCUUGAAAUGAUGUCAUUAUUAUGUCGAGAACUUAGAAAAAAGCAGACUAUAGAAGAAUUGAGUCUGCCUAAUAAUGACAUUGGGAAAGAUUCCUUAAGCAUGCUAUUAGAUACACUUAUGGUAUGCAAGACAGUCAGGCAUGUGAAGUUAAUGAAUAAUGAUAUUACAAAGAACUGUCUCGAGAUUAUUCAAAAUUUCUUUACGAAAACCUCUGUUCAGUCUUUUAUUCUGACUGGAAAUGAAAUUGAGCAUCACACUCAUUUGUUGGAUCAUCCACUUCCACAGGAAUCUAAUUUGGAAUGCCAUGAUAAUAGCAAUGACAGUGCUCAUGCUUCUCCACCACCGCCACAAGGAAUCUAUGGUUCCUCAAUCAGUCCUGUAAAUGAUACUGCUAAACUAACUGGUUCCUUGCCUCACAAUAUGAAGCUUCUUCAGAUAUAACAGUUCACUGAAAUUAAUUUUAAAUUAAUAAAAAUGCUAUUAUAUUGUAUGUCCUUGUACUAACUAACGUGCAAAAUGGUUCAUUUAAAUUAUUUUUAGUGCAGCAUUUUGAUAAUUAAUUUUUGUAAAAAUUA